AUGGCCAGCGUCGAGUCCUCGACGUCGUCGUACAUCACACACGUCAUCAAGGGGCUCCCGAGCGCCUACAACCUGAUGAAGCGUCUGUCGGUGGUUCUGGGCACGCGGGAGUCGCUCAACGAGGACUCGCUGACCUCGUUCAUCCUCAGGGACAAGGCGAUGCAGGAGGCCGAGAAGUCUACGGAGCUUCUGCAGCAGGUGAACUACGUCGUCCCGAUAAAUCAGGGCGGUCAGCCGGGGCAGCGGGGCAAGCCAGGCGGCCAGUGCAUCGUGGAGCAGACCGUCUCCCUGGCGCCGGAGGCCGGCGAGGACUUCCAGGCGGUGGCGGCAACUGUGCAGGCGAACCCGGCGUUGGUCCUGCUCGACAGCGGCUGUUCGCACCAUCUAAUGUGGACGAAGACAGCCUUCGUCGACUUGGGGCCGAGCAGCAACGUCAAGCACAUGCGCGGUUUCAGUGGAGCGUUGCAGGACAUCCAAGGCCGAGGCUCUGUCGCCCUGCAAGGCAAAGCCGGGAAGCAGGUGCUCAUCCCAGACGUGCUCUACGUCUCGGGCGUUCAGGCGAACCUGCUAUCACCCGGCCAGCUGAAGGAGAGCGGCGUGAAGCCAUCUGGGUGA